CUGGGUUUUUCAGAAAACAAUGCUGAGAUUUAUUAUUGCCACCGCUAUCAUUGCAACCGCCGCCGCGGUCUGCACCGAUCCUAAGGUUCAAGCUUCCAGCUAUACUCCUGCAGACUCCCAGGUGUUGGCUGCUAUACCAUACAUAGCUGAAUUCAGUCUAACCUGCGGGAACGGUGAAACCCCCUCACUUUAUGCUGAUAUUGAUGGAGCUCUGGUGCCGGUUGCCCAGUCUCUUGAUGGUAGCAAGUAUCAGGUGAGCUGGAUUAAGGAGAUUAAGAAGGCCAAGACUGGAGAUAACAGUGUUGCUCUCUAUGAUGUUGAAGGAUACUCUGCUCUGCGAAGAUCUCGUGAGAGGGGGGAGGCUGCUACUGUUGCACCCCUCGUGACCAUUAUUGUCAACUAUCCCGGAAGCUUCGCUGGACCCUGGUUCAACUCUCAACACUUUGCCCUUGCUCUCUCCGCUCUGGUUUUUUACUUGGCUGUCUCUUCAAAAUCAGCGCUUUUGGCCUAGACGCUGCGAACCCACUCGGAUUUGGAGAGAAUGUAAAACUGAGCAAUCCAUCUUACGCGAUUAUAACGCCAAUUUUGGCCUUGUUGACAAACCAUCGUCCUUGUAAACCCAUUGUCAAAGAUUGUUGGCAAUUUCACAAGUUCAAACAAAAAUUCAAAAACAUUUCCAUCUUUUAUUAUCAAAAUUUUAUGUAUUUAUUUUCCUUGCAUUUAAUCUCUUUUCUUUCACUUUCUAAUUUAUUGUUACAAUUUUAUUAAAUGAAUAUUUUCAAUUUAAAUUUUGCAGAUAAUUAUUUGACGGAAAAAAUGGUUUUCAAUUUCCCGAUUGUUGAACGCAGUUUGUUUUCUUCUAUAAAAGGAAAUGUGUCCAUAGUUGAUUUUGAAGAUAAACCUGAACUGAAUCUGGACCACUCAGGAAUCCUGGCGAAUAUUUUUUUGGCGGAAUCGUGAUAGUAGUCGAGAAUUUUAGAUGAGGUUAUGAAGUUCUUAAAAUUGUGGAAAUCCAGCCCGAGGUCCUGGUCGCAAGCUCACCAAUCUUAAUGGGAGAACACUGGAAUAGGAAGGCUAACCCUGAUUCUGAUAAUUAUGAAAGAGUGUACAUGAAAGAAGCCUAUGUAAAGCUGGAAAGGUUAUCCAUGACAAAGCUAUAGAGAACACAUGAUCUUCACUUAAUCUCUGAGAUCGUGA